CUGCAACGUUCAAUCUACGGAUUGAAACAAGCAUCUCGGAGUUGGUACAUACGUUUCGACGAAACCAUUUCCAGUUUUGGUUUCAAGAAGAACUCUGACGAAUCUUGUGUAUACAAGAAGGUCAGUGGGAGUGUAAUAGUAUUCCUAAUCUUAUAUGUCGAUGACAUAUUGUUAAUGGGUAACGAUAUUCCCGCUCUCACUUCUGUAAAGACGUGGUUGAGCGAGAACUUCUCCAUGAAAGACUUAGGGGAUGCUAGUUAUGUCCUUGGAAUAAGAAUCUACCGAGAUAGAUCAAGAAAGUCAAUAGGUCUAAAUCAAAGUACAUAGAUAGAUAAAAUCCUUGAUCGAUUUACCUAUGACACCUGGAACGGUUCUUUCCAAGAGCCAGAGUCCUUCUACUCCCGAGCAGAAGGAACUCAUGAUGAAGGUUCCAUAUGCCUCUGCGAUUGGAUCCAUCAUGUACGCCAUGAUAUGUACUAGACCUGAUGUCUCAUUCGCUUUAAGCGUGACCAGCAGAUACCAGAGAAGUCCAGGAGAAGCACACUGGACAGCAGUCAAAAACAUCCUCAAGUAUCUUCGCAAUACUAAGGAUGCAUUCCUGGUAUACGGUGGUGAGGAAGAGCUAAAGGUUGUCGGUUACACUAAUGCUAACUUCCAAACCGACAGAGACGAUUCAAAAUCACAAGCAGGAUAUUUCUUUUGCCUGAAUGGCGGAGUUUUUAGCUGGAAGAGCUUCAAGGAGGAUACAACUGCCGAUUCGACUACAGAGGCUGAGUACAUAGCUGCCGCCAAGGCAGCUAAAGAAGCUGUUUGGAUCAAGAAGUUCAUUACUAAACUUGGAGUGGUUCCUAGUAUUAAUGACCCUAUUUCGUUCUUUUGCGACAACACUGGGGCCAUUGCACAGGCAAAGGAACCGCGAUCUCACCAGAAAACCAAACACAUUGCACGACGCUAUCACAUCAUACGAGAAAUCGUAGAUAGAGGAGAUGUGAUGAUUUGCAAAGUAGAUACUGACGACAACAUAGCUGAUCCCUUGACCAAGCCUUUAGGAAAGCUAAAGAAUGAGGGUCACACUAGGUCCAUGGGCAUUCGACCGAUGCCAGAUUGGCCAUAGUGCAAGUGGGAGAUUGUUGGAGUUGUGCCCUGAUGGCCAACUGUUCAUCGUUAUCGUAUCAUGUAUAGGCAGAUAUAAUAUGUUUACACAUCUCAUGCUUAUGUAAACAAAUAUUAUAUUCCUAGAUUUAUAUUUAAAGAUGUUUAUCAGAUAGUGUUUCUCUGCUGAUGAGACUAACAUCUUGAAAUAAAUAUUUAUCUAAAUG